AUGCUGGUCCUCUGUAACGGCUCCAACUGGACUCUACACUGGCAGGCCAGGGCUGGGACAGAGAACAUGGCUGAAACACGGCGGGAGAGCACCAGCAGCCUUCAGAGGAAGAAACCUCCAUGGCUCCGGCUGGACAUUCCCACGGCUCAGAUGUCGCUAGAUGAGCCUUGUACUUUUGUUCAGCCUGUGAAGAGGCAGGGGUUCCUGCGCAGUAUCAGCAUGCCGGUGGAGACCUCUCACCUUCAGUCUCCGCCGCGUGACCUGUUUGACACCCGGCGGCCUGUGUUACAACGACAGUCAUCCAUUACACAGACCAUAAAAAGCAGCAGAAGAGUGCACUUUGAGCGGAUUAACACUGUGCCCAUUAAGGGGCAGAGGGCUGCACGGCGCAGCAUCAGGAAACACCACUCUCUCUCCAGAACUCUGCUCAGGGGAACGGCUGACUGGUUCGGGGUCAGCAAGGACGGUGACGCCACCCAGAAAUGGCAGAGAAAAAGCCUGCGACACUGCAGCCUGCGCUAUGGGAAACUGAAACCUCAGGUGAUCCGCGAGAUGGAUCUGCCCAGCCAGGACAACAUCUCUCUGACCAGCACUGAGACCCCACCUCCUCUCUAUGUCCACUCCUCACAACAUGGGAUGCAAAAGAUCGUUGACCCGCUGGCCCGUGGAAGAGCCUUUCGAAUGGUGGAGGAAGUAGAUGGCUAUAGUGUGCCUCAAACCCCCAUCACCCCUGGAGCCGCCUCACUUUGCUCCUUCACUAGCUCCCGCUCAGGUCUGAACCGGCUGCCUCGCAGACGGAAGAGGGAGUCUGUGGCGAAGAUGAGCUUCAGGGCCGCCGCAGCGCUGGUCAAGGGACGCUCUUUACGUGAAAGCACUCUAAAACGGGCUCAAAGACGAAGCUUCACCCCUGCCAGCUUCAUGGAGGAAGAUGUCGUUGACUUUCCAGAUGAACUGGACACAUCCUUCUUUGCCAGAGAUCUGCUGUUGCAUGAGGAGUUGUCUACAUACGCAGAUGAGGUGUUUGAAUCACCAUCUGAGGCAGAAUUCAAAGAAGCGGAGCCCAGCAGCAAUAAAGAUGAGACGGAGUUGACAGGCAGUGCCCUAGAUAAGACAGAGCUGGAGAGAAGUCACCUCAUGCUGCCUCUGGAGAGAGGGUGGCGGAAAGCCAAAGAGGGAACUCCAGGACCGCCAAAGGUGCCCCUGCGUCAGGAGGUGGUGAGCGUUAAUGGACAGCGGCGCGGGCAGCGCAUCGUUGUACCUGUCAAGAAGCUAUUUGCCCGCGAGAAGAGGCCGUACGGGCUGGGCAUGGUAGGAAAGCUGACCAACCGCACCUACCGCAAGCGCAUCGACAGUUAUGUCAAGAGACAGAUAGAGGACAUGGAUGACCGCAGGCCUUUUUUUACAUACUGGAUUACCGUUGUACAUUUGCUCAUCACUAUCUUGGCUGUAUGCAUCUAUGGCAUUGCACCAGUAGGCUUUUCCCAACAUGAAACUGUUGAUUCUGUUUUAAGAAACAAGGGCGUGUAUGAAAAUGUCAAGUUUGUGCAGCAGGAGAACUUCUGGAUCGGACCUAGCUCAGAGGCCUUGAUCCACUUGGGGGCCAAAUAUUCUCCAUGCAUGCGACAAGACAAGCAGGUGCAUGAUCUUAUCAGGGACAAGAGAGCUAUUGAACGCAACUCCGCCUGCUGUGUGCGGAACGAUCGCUCUGGCUGUGUUCAAACCUCAGAGGAGGAAUGCUCGAGUACUCUAGCUGAUUGGGUGAAGUGGCCAAAGCAUUCCAGCACUCCCCAGUUAAACGGUAAAGACCGGGAGUAUGGCUCAGUGUGCCACCAAGAUCCCAGAAUAUGCCUGGAGCCUGCCUCAGUAUCACCCCACGAAUGGCCUGAUGACAUCACCAAGUGGCCAGUAUGUACCAGGUAUAACACAGGGAACCAUACCAAUCUGCCUCAUAUAGACUGCACCAUUACAGGCCGACCCUGCUGCAUUGGAACCAAAGGAAGGUGUGAAAUCACAUCCCGGGAAUAUUGUGACUUCAUGAAAGGCUACUUUCAUGAGGAGGCCACACUUUGCUCUCAAGUACACUGCAUGGAUGACGUCUGUGGACUAUUGCCUUUCCUUAACCCCGAGAUUCCAGAUCAGUUUUACAGGCUCUGGCUCUCCCUUUUCCUGCAUGCUGGGAUCCUUCACUGCCUGGUGUCGGUGGCAUUCCAGAUGACCAUACUGAGAGACCUGGAGAAACUGGCCGGCUGGCUGCGGAUUUCUAUCAUUUACAUCCUCAGUGGCAUCACGGGCAACUUGGCCUCGGCCAUCUUCCUGCCCUACAGAGCAGAGGUCGGUCCAGCAGGCUCUCAGUUUGGGAUCCUGGCCUGUCUAUUCGUGGAGCUGUUUCAGAGCUGGCAGAUCCUGGCCCAGCCCUGGAGGGCCUUUACCAAGCUGCUGUGUGUGGUGCUCUUCCUCUUUGCCUUUGGGCUGUUGCCCUGGAUAGACAAUUUUGCCCACAUUUGUGGCUUCAUCUCCGGCUUCUUCCUGUCCUUCGCCUUCCUUCCCUACAUCAGCUUCGGCCGAAUGGACCUGUAUCGCAAACGUUGUCAGAUUAUUGUCUUCCUGCUGGUGUUUGUGGGUCUCUUUUCAGGCCUUGUGGUGCUCUUUUACGUCUACCCAAUCAAGUGCGACUGGUGUGAACUUCUUACUUGCAUCCCUUUCACAGACAAAUUCUGCGAGAAGUAUGACCUCAACGCUCACCUCCAUUAAAGUGUGACCAUAGUUGGAAGGCAUCAGGGCAAUGGUUUGGACUGGUUAUGGGGCAGUCUCCCCAUCUGUUAACUAAAAGAAUAUGGUUGUGCUCUUUUACUCUGUUAUUAUGAAUACCUAUACCCCCGAUCACGAGGAUUUCCCUCACUGUUUCCCUGUUCACAGUCAUUGUCCCUCUUUCACUGUCCAGUGAAACAAAGCUAUGGCACUUCAGAAACGUAUCAAAGUAACAGGUUUCCCUUUACACGAGAAGCAGGAAUUACAGAUGUCAGCUCUGAUGCAGAGAGAAGGAUUAUUUUAUACAUUCACAAUCCAGAAAUGGUUUUUAUUAUUAUUCAGGCAACCUCAUACAAACGCAGGGACAAAAAUAUCAAUACCUUUGGUGCCUUGUUGAUAAAUGUACCAACUACUGCCAUAUUUUUGUUACAUUAUGCUGAGCACUAGAAUGUUUCCUUUUGUUUGUUUAUUGCUUCUCAAGAAGUGAUUAUUAUUUUGAACAUGGUAGUGUUUUAGCUACCUGUCUCCACACAUGUAACUCAAAACAGUAAAAAAAACAUCAACUAAGUAAAA